UCUAUGACGAUGUCCCACUGUGAGACAUAACGGGACCAAGCCGAGCAGCAUCUGGGGACCAAAAUCUCUGUCGUUCACGUUUCUCUGCGCCUCUCCUCGGUCCCGUUGCCCUCUCGCCCCGUCGGAGCCCCAUACCCCGGCUCUGGCCCGCCACCGUCCGCUUUCGCCGUCUCGUCUCCCGCUACAACCGAACCACGAUGGCGCUGGCGCUGCAUCCGAGGAGGAGGAUUUACCCCGGUGUCUGUGCCUGAGAUGGGGACAGUGUCGCUGCUGUUGAAGCGGACUUGCUUGUUAGCCAGCUAGCGGGCUUCUCUCGCUGUAUGGACGUGGCUCUACGGGGCUGACCGCUAAUGGCCGUGGUUUUUAUGGCACGGUUUGGCGCAGCGUUAUCAGGCGUUUCCAACAGCAGCAGCGGCGUCUCCGUUUGAUAGCGAACAUGUCCAGUACUAGCUCAUUUAUUAACUAGAGCCUUCCAGGUUAGCUGUGCGUGAGACUCCAUAUCCGUGCGUCUCUGGCGUUCUACAUUCGUGCUUGGAUGAUUCAGUGACAUUUUCUUGGCGAGUAUUUCCAGGAUGGCUCAGCUCGGGGGCGGAGCUAGUGGACUGGCCAGGAUCGUGCUCAGAGCUCUGCUGCGCUUUGUCUUUAUGUUCUUCAAUAACUGCGUGGCCAUCCCCUCCUACUGCCUAUACCUGCUCGCCCUGCAGCCGCUCCGGGUCUGGGACAGCGCCACCUUCUGGUACCUGGAGGGGGUCAUGUUUAAGUGGUUACUGGCCAUGGUGUCCUCCUGGGGCUGGAUUGCGGGAUACACAGUGACUGAGUGGGGUGAUGACGUGCGGCCGAUCUCGGAGGAAGAGGCCAUGGUGAUCGUGAACCACCAGUCGACAGGAGAUGUGUGCACGCUCAUGAUGUGCCUGCAGGAUAAGGGCACUGUGGUGAGGAAAAUGAUGUGGCUCAUGGACCAUGUGUUCAAAUACACCAACUUUGGCCUGGUUUCUCUUAUCCACGGGGACUUCUUCAUCCGACAGGGUAAGGCUCACCGAGACAAGCAGCUGGUUUACCUGAAGGAGCACUUGGACCGCUACUACCACAGCCGCGACCGCAAGUGGAUCGUCCUGUUUCCAGAGGGUGGCUUCUUGCGGAAAAGGCGGGAAACCAGUCAGCUGUUUGCCAAGAAGAACUCCCUGCCUCACCUGACCCACGUGACCCUGCCGCGUAUGGGAGCGACCCACGUCAUCCUCAAGACUCUGGGAAGGCAGCAGGAGAAUGGCAGUGUGGGAGGAGACACCGGCAACAACAACCAGAGCGGUGUAAAUAAAUCCAAAAGCCUGCAGUGGGUAAUAGAUGUGACUAUAGCCUACCCCAAAGCAAGACCUAUGGACAUCCAAACCUGGAUCUUUGGAUACAGGCCUCCAACAGUCACACAUGUACACUACAGGAUGUACCCCAUAAAGGAGGUGCCAGUGGAGGCUGAGGCGCUCACAGACUGGCUGUACCAGAGGUUUGUGGAGAAGGAGCAGCUGCUGGAACACUUCUACAACACAGGUCUGUUCCCUCCCUCCCCUGGUCAGAAGGAGGCGGUGUCGCGUCAGAUGACCUUGGAUCCGGUGUGGCUGUGCGCGGUGCAGUCGUUAGCAUUUGCUUCCGGCUACAUGUGGUUCAGCGCACUCCAGUACCUGUACUGCUGCGUGUUCUGAACGCCUCCACCGGACCACCGCCAGGCCCGGCAUCUCAGCCCGGACUCCUCCCCCUGCGAGUGAAUGUACAUUUGACCAAGCGGGACAAGCAGACACUGGGAUCGCUCUCCUCAUCUCCUCCACCGCGUAGGCUCAGGAUGCUUUCUUCGAUUUUAGCCCAUAGUUACAGACUGUUGUGUAACUGUAGUUCCAUAGGGGUCCUGUAGGGGUCAGGUUUUUACGAGGAGCUCCAUCCUAACUCCUGUUCCUCCAUUGCACUAAGGAUCGACGAUACUGCCCUGCUCCUCCACAUUUCAAUCUUUGUGUUUUUCUUUCUGGUGGCCAUUUUUAUUUCGGAAUCAUGUUUACAUUGGCUCCCUGUGCGAAAGGGAAAGACAACAACCAUGCACUGGCCAUUCGGAUUCUGAGAUUUCUGUUUUGGAUUUGUUGGAACACAAAGGAUUUUUCAGCAAAUAAUUAAGUCGCUUCACAAUUGCCAUUUUGGAAGAAGGUGGCAGAGACUCUACCCAUAGAUUUACAAAUAUUUAAGCCAUAUGCUUAGUGUGUCAGGACAGUGAAAAUAUAACUUUUUUAUAUAGGAACACAUUGGACAUAGUGGGGCUUGUUCUAGGUGUCAUUACUGUACAUUUACAGCAUAACCUGCCUAAUGAGUGCGAGUGGCGUGUGCGGCCAUUUUAGUUCUGUUUUAAUGUCCCAUGUUCUAAUGCUUUGUUAAAUGUUGUACAGAAAAAAAUAUGAGGAAGUUUUUUUUGUUUUUUCAUUGCUAAAAUGAACUUGGUCCUUGUCAUGUUUUAGCUGAUUGUGAAUGUUUUCUGAGGACAACCAUAGAACUCUCCCUUCAUAAACCAGUGUUAUCCUGAUUAUGGACUGAAGUCAAUCUUGUUUGGGUCACUGUGAAAAGCCCAGUUGCAAAUCUCAAUACAAUGCUGCUAUGGCUGGGUACCGUUUUUAAAGGUACCAGUACGAUACCUAAAAACGUUCAAGUGCAUAUGACAGGCUUUCAUGUUUUCCUCAUUCUGACUUGGUUUGGUUGGGUAGGGUUUGUGGUCAAUAUUUAUCAUAGUUUCAUGCCAGUGAAGUGGACAAAAACUUGAGGAAUACAAAAGUACAAAAAUAUGGGAAGUAGGGGUGAGUUCUAAAACAGAAUUUCUCCACCUACAUCAUCAACACGGAAAAUUCCAUCCAAAAUGCAGAGUUACAAUUUACACACAAGGAAGACCAUUUUUUGACAGUGUUAAACUCCAUUUAACAAAAUGAUGCUGUUGUGAUUUAUUUUUAUUUGUCUAAUUAUAACUAUUACGUAAUUUUGUCAUUUAGUUGUUUUUUGUUAACAUUAUGGCUGUUAGGUGAACCUAUGUCCAAUCAGGAAGUUACAUGCUAGAGUUCAUUCUAGAAAUUCUAGAAAAAGGUUUGGUGAAAUGAGUACUCCAACCUGUUAAAUGCAAUAUUUAAAAUAGGAUAUUUAAAACUGAAAAGGUACUGGAAAAUUAUUGUCCAGAUGCUGUACUAGGAAAAGUGAGACGUACCCAGCCCUAGUGCCAUCCUAUGAAACGCAAAUACAAGUGCGUAUACUUAUGGAUGAGUCCUAAAUUCUGCCAAACUUUUUUUUUUUUUUUUUUCACAUUUUAUUAUGUCAUUUUUUUUCAGAAUCUUGUGUGUUUUUUGUGUUUAUAAAUUGGAGUAAUCAACCAUAUUGAGUCUCAAAGUCUGGAGGUAUAAGGAGCAGUGUGAUUGGCCUUACAGGUAUCCACACAUCAGACUCUGCUCCUGCAGCCUGUGUUUGUAUCAGAAAAACCUGACUCUAAUUGGAGCAGUCUUGUGUGAUGUCACCAAGUACAUGAAAGGCCACUAAACGCAGCACAAAGUUAGAUUUAGGCAUUUUUGUGGAUUUUCUGUUUAAUUCCACUUUAAGUACAGAACACAAACAUAAGGUGUACUUGGUUGACAGUCUGAAAAACCAGUACAGUGCAAAAUAUUAAAAGUGAAUGACUUGCUAAUCAAUACUACUAAAAUUUAGCCUCUCAAAAUUCUCUGGUGUGUGGGGGUGGCACAUUUUCUGCUCACAAAAUCUUAAAAAGUGCUGUGUCCUCUGUUGGUUUACAUGCAGCACUACAGCCUUUCAAACUUGCGUGUUCAUUACAAAACUACUGCAAAGUUUAUAUUUUAUGAUUCUAUUUUCUUUCUUUCUUUUUUUUUAAACAAAUUUAAUGUAUGAUUGUUCAUAAAACCAAAAUUUGAUUGGAACAUGUUUACAAAAAUUGACAAUCUGGGGUAAGAACACUACAUUUGAUUAUUGUACUGUUUGAAAUAUACAAAUAUGCAAUCAGUUGUUUAAAAUUGUCUUGCAGUAUGUAACCAGGCAACACUCUGUAAUGAUCCAAUCAGAGACUAACACAACUGGGCUUUUUCACUGUGAGGGAAACCUGAGCGGACUGGAACUUUAGGGUAGAAAUUAGAGUUUUGUCAUAUUGUUGUAACCAUGACAACAGAAGGCCUAACUGAUGCUGGUAAGCCACAUCUGUACCAGCCGCUCAGAUAACCUUCAGAUUUGGAAGUGACACAAAUGACACCAUGUUUAUUUUUCUUCUCAUUUUGAAUGAGAACUGUUCCCAUUGUCCAAAGGGAAGACUUAGGAAUCAUCAUAGGAGUCUGAACCAUUCUCGAAAUCUAGAGCUGUCUGUAAGUUUGAGUUUCCUUUAAUUCUAGCGCCAUUUUCAACACCCAGAAAUCUGUGCUGGAAUAAAAACUUCUGAAAGAUCCCA